UGGGUAGGGAAUUUUAAGAAGAGGCACCCAGAAUUACAGUGUAAUCGUCCCAAAGUCAAGGAAAUCCAACGAGCAAGCGCAGAGACCGAUAUCCCUCGCAUGGAAGGCUGGUUUGGGGGUUAUGAAGGCACAGUCAUAAGAGAGGAAAUUCCUAUUUUCAACUCGCAAGAAAAAAACACCAGGCCUGUUGCUUUUCAGCCGGGGAAUAAGGAGUCAAUGACCGCUGUGGAUGCGAUCAACGCCAUAGGACAAGCAAUUCCUUCUUUCCUAAUC